AAAGAUUGAAAGACAAAACAUAUGAUACAUAUCCAGGCGACGUCCUCAGGUCCUUGUGCCCUGCUAAGAGAGCAUCGAAAAUAAGUCGUGUCUAACUUCUUUGCUCACUUCUCAUGGCCACUGCAUGUCGUUCUUUCGUGGCUUCAGUCUUCGUCUCCUCACCUCUAUUACAACGACUGCUUUUUGCCUUGUGUCUUCGACUAUGUUAUAUGUUUGCUUUACAGUCUUCUCUUUGCGGACAUUUAUGGAGAUGGAGAAUCGUGGAGCUCUCGGUUCCAUGGUCCACGGAAAGCUGAAUCCAUGGAUCACAUCUACCGAUUAGAAAAAGAACAACUUGGAUAGGUCUACGCAUAUAGAAGUCUAACCAUGGAACGAACCGAUUAUCUAAGCGCA